UCGUCCACCAACUUUUACUCAAUCAAAGGCACUACGUCACAACGUGUCACUCUUUUUCACUUCAGUCAACAUCAGUGGUCUUGUAGUUGUAGUGGUAGUAGUAGGUUUCCAUUGUCGAAAGUGUCAAAGCAUGUCAAUUAGAUACUACAAAAUAUAAGACACAAAAUAGGGCUUAUAAUAAGUCCUAAGUGAUAUAAUACUUUAUUCUAGUUCGAGCGCCGGAGGUAAUCAAACAUGUUUAAUUUUAUAACAAUUUUGCAAUCUAUAAUGAAGACAUUAUCAAGUCUUAAAGAUAUUCCAGCGUUGUCUAAAAGUAACGUCCAUAUAAGAAACGAAAUAGAAUUAUUGAAUAAGAUAAAUAGUCUAAUAACUCUUGGGAGUCGCAGUCUGCAGAUUGUCACUGACUUUGAUCACACCCUCACUAGGCACACAUUGGAUAAUGGAAAUACUGUUCGGACGAGUUUUGGAAUGUUCACGGACUGCCCUUCGGUGCCACAAAAAUAUAGAGAUGAAGAUUUAAGGCUGUCCAACAUUUACAAACCAAUUGAAUGUGAUGGAACAAUGAGUGUUGAAGAAAAGACCAAGCAUAUGGUGGAUUGGUAUGUGGCCGCCAACAACUUGCUCAAAGGUCUGACCUUCCCAAGGAAUGAAUUAAAAAUCAUAGGAGCAAGUAUGAAAGAGCACUAUAGGACAGGUGUAAAGGAAAUGAUUGAUUGGAGCGAACAGAAGUCAGUACCGGUGCUAGUGUUCUCUGCUGGCCUCGGAGACAGUGUGGUAGCCGCAUUAGAAGGCAGCAACUUUUUGCGGCCUAACGUAAAGGUGGUGGCGAAUUUCCUAGCCAUGGACGGUGACGACAAAAUAGUGGGGAUAAAAGGGGACAUAAUCCACACGUUGAACAAGAACGAGACGGCCAUCCACGACACGGAGUACUUCGAUCUGGUGCAGUCGCGGGCGGGCGCGCUGCUGCUGGGCGACAACCUCGGCGACGCGGCCAUGGCCGCCGGCAUGCCGCACUGCCGCCACGUCUUGCGCGUCGGCUUCCUCAGCAGGAACGUCGACGAGAAUCUCCAAAACUACCUCGAAAAAUUCGACAUCGUCCUGACGGAGGAACAUUCUAUGGACGUCCCGAAUUCCAUACUCGAGUUGAUACUGUGAUUUUUACGCUUCCGAUGGACCUUCUGUACUCAAGUAUUGUACAUAUUUUGUGUAUAUUUGUAACACUGUUAUUUAAUUACUAUUGUAAUGUGAAUGAGAUUGUUAUUUUGUUAAGUUGGCUUCAGAAUUUUUCUAUACGAGGGUAGAGUAGUUAUUAAGUAUUGCAACACUCGGAUAGAAUACUCAAUUCUGGAUACAGCUCUUGUUUUUUUUUUUCAAGUUUAUUUUUAUAUUUUAUUGAAAUUUUCAAGUAUGACUAUAAUAAAAACUGGCACUGCA